AUGCAACGGCUGCUGCUGCUGCAACUCACUGCUGCCAACGCUGCUGCUGCUGCUAGCAACGUCGCCAGCGCUGCUGCUGGAUCUGCUGCGCUGCGAUCACUGCGCAACAGCAGCUGCUGCGCAACCGCUGCUCAACAUGCCGCUGCGACGCUGUCUGCUCGCUGUAGCACUGCACGCGCAGCCGACGUAACUGCUAGCAACGGCUGCUGUUGCUGUCAUGGCUGCUGCUGCUGCUGUUGCGGCUGCUGCUGUUGGCAACAGCUGCUGUUAGCUAGCAACAGCAACGGCGUAGCGCUAGCUCUGUUACUACAGCUGCUGUUAGCAACGGCUGCUGCCGCUGAUUCUGCUGGCUGUCCUAGCAACUGCUGCUGCAUCGCCGCUGCUGCUGCUGCUGCUGCUACUACUGCUGCUAGCCUCUCCUGCAGCUACUGCUGGUUCUACUGCUGCUGCUACUGCUACUAUUGCUGCUACUGCUGA